CGUUUCAUGGUUCUGUAACUGUUGCGUCGUUGACUUUGUUAGACACUGAAUCACUGAAACAAACCCUAAAAAAACCGCCAUAGCCGAUACUCUCCUCGGCUCGUGACAGCCAGAGGGAGGUCAAAGCCAACAACUGGAAAGGAAAAUGGUGGUGAAAAGCUACGUGGUGGUUCACAACAUAGCGAAAAGGCACAACGUGGGAACACUGGCACGAAGCGCCACGGCCUUCGGGGUGUCGGAGUUGAUCCUCGUCGGCCGUCGAGACUUCAACGCCUUCGGCAGCCAUGGCUCAACCUCUCAUGUUCGCUUUCGCCACUUCAACUCUCUCCUCGACGCCCGCCUCUUCCUUAAGGACCAGGAUUGUGAUAUUUGUGGCGUUGAAAUCACGGACGGCGCCAUUGCCGUCAACGAACAUCCUUUCAAGAGGAGUACCGCUUUCCUUCUCGGCAAUGAGGGAACAGGCCUUUCCGCUAAAGAAUGCGAGAUAUGUGACUUCUUUGCAUACAUCCCUCAGUAUGGCUGGGGCACUGCCUCCUUGAAUGUUACUGUAGCAGCUUCCAUUGUCUUGCAUCAAUUUGGAGUUUGGGCUGGUUUUCCAGAGAGACUUCGGGACGGUAACAAGUUUGUCGUGGCCGAGAGGCCUGUGAAACAGGUCAGACGAAAUUACUGCAUGGAAACAGCAGAUUCUAUCAUUGAAGAGCGAAAGUCUAGGAGGGAAAAUGCAGCUAAUGGAUUCUUUGAUGAUAAUGGAAAGGACUGUCCAUCUUCAAAUCUUUUGGAUGGAUUGUUCAGUGAUGAGUGAUUGACAAAGUCAAAGAAAUGGCU